AUGGCUCAGGUUGGAAACCGGGGGGAAAAAAUGACAAAGACUGGGAAACCAGAUGCCUACUGGGCAGGUGUGAUGUCCCUGUAUGCCCAGGGAAAGUACACAUUUACAACUGGCAAGAGGCCGGGGUCCAGGAGAUGGAGGGCAGUAAUGCUGCGGAUUGCUGAUUGUCCUCUGACCCCCCUGAAAGGUCAAACUACUGUCCGCAAACUAGACAUAUUUGGGAAAACGAUCCCCUGCAAGUGUGGAUACCACCAGUCAGCAGAGAAGGCAGGGACAGCAGCAUCCAGUCAAGGUCAGCUGAGGGCUCCACAGGCCAGUGCUGCAACCCAGUUUGGUUUUUCCCAGUCAGCAGGGAAAGCAGCAUUCAGUGCAGGUCAGCUGUGUCUCAAUUCAGCUGAGAGUUUACAGGCCAGUGCAGGUGCAACAGCUACAGGUUCUCAGGCCAGUGCAGCAGCUGGGAAAGCUGUUACAGUUCCAGGACCACAGACAGGUGUAGCUCAGAAAACUCCAGCUCUGUGCAGGAUGAGCGAGGGGAAGUCUCUCACAUGCUCGCUGUGUAGUCAGGAGAUGAUGUGCGAGGACUACACGCAGCACCUGUCAGACUACCACACCCAGGAGCAGUGUGAGCAGUGUGGUGCAAAGGCCUGGGGGGCUUUUGGAUUGUUACAGCACAUAGAGGAAUGUCACCUUUUGACCUGUCCAACAGACCUCCCAGAUGUUGCUGCUCCUACCACUCCCAUAGCCCAAGAGACAACACAGCAACCCAGUGACCCACCCGAUGUUCCUGCCCCUGUUCCUGCUCCUCCCACAGCCCAUGAGACGUCACUAGCACCACCACGACACCCACUCACUCUGCAGCCUCCUGAGGUAAACUGGGUGAAUUUUCUACCCAAGCAGUUCACCAGAGUCAUCCAGCCAGCUGACCAGGAGUGGAUCACCCACAUUUUAUAUGACAGUACUGGACAGCUGAAACAAAACCUGUCUAAUAACUGGUUUCAUCCCCCCAGCCCCACCAAAUCCAUCUCACCUCCUGAUCCACAUAAUUAUUUCCGCCAGCGGAUGUUCCUGUGGGCUCCAAUGCGGAUGUGGGGCAUCCCUCUGAAAUGCACCCAGUGCAAUAGGAAGAUGCACCAUUCUGGCAUUUACACUAAAGCCAGGGAGGUAAUUGACAUUGAUUCCAAAUAUUACCUGGUGGGUGGAGACUAUCCAAGGUGCAGCAAAUGCAUGAUUCCCGUCUGCCCUUGGAGCAUUGACAUUUUAAAACAGCUCGAUCCCUCCCACCGUUACAAAUUCCCAGCUGUUCUCACAACCCAUUUGGCACUGGACAGGAGGUGUGUUGCGAUGUUGCGCCCAAGAACAUUAGGGAACAGCUCCAGCUAUUUACAGCAAGCCUUGCAGGAGAUACACAGUGAGGAGUGGGCUAGGCGGACCAUCGACUACCUCACUGAUUGUGAGGUCCACAAAAAGUCCUGUGUCCUCACCCAGUCUGAAGCUCUGUAUCAGCCGCCACCACCCUUCAGUCCCCUGCCCCUGGCCCAGUGGUUUGAGACGGUUCAUGCCAAUGACAUUCUGAAUCACCUUGACGAGUUGAAGGGUGUGAUCACUUCAACGCUUGGUAGAAUCUUGAAACUGGACUCUACUAAGAAGAUCACAAAAAAACUUGCUGGUGGCAUUGAGGGCACAGCCACAUGGAUGUCUAAUAUCGGCAAUGAAUUUGGGCAAGUGCUGAAUUCUGUGCUGACCACUGGUGAGGGGGCUGGCCUUGAUGACCUUUGUCAAGGCAUCGUCAAAAGGUACAGCGAUGCUGAUGAGCCACAGCCAGAUGCCAUAUAUGUGGACAGAGACUGCUGCAGUGAGACAGGGGUGGGUCCAAUUCUCACUUGGUUUCGACCAUGGACGUCAACGGUAAGACUGGAUAUUUUCCAUUUUAUGAGGCGGUUCACAAAGGGUCUUACGACGGAGCACCACCCACUGUAUGGCACGUUUUGCUCAAAGUUGUCCACUUGUAUCUUUGAGUGGGACAAAGAGGACAUUCACCAACUCAAAGAGGCCAAGAGGGCAGAGUUAAAAAAAAAGCACCAGGGUCACGUACCCACUGACUCUCAGGUGUUAUCCAGCAUCACAUCCAGUGAGCUGGUCAAGCACUGCCGCAGGAGAACCCGAGGGGUUGAGGAGACCCGCGUUCUAAUCAAGCAACUGCUGGACUCCAUGUGGGACCUCACAGACACAAGUGGCUUGCAUCUCAUAAAUCAUGACAGCAUGUCUCUUGUAUGGGAGGUACAGCAGAAGCACUUGCCCUGCAUCCAAGAUCCACCUGGUGUCCAGUUGUACACUAACACUGGAUCAGGCCUGGAGAAGGGAGACAAAACGCUGGACGUCCUAAGAUGUGGCAGAGGAUCCUCCUCGCUCGAGAGCUUUCAUCUGCACCAGUGUGGUUUCAUCCCAGGGUGGAGAUGUAAUGCUCUACAUACACAGAUGUACUUGCUUGAGGGGUUAUCCAGAUGGAACCAUAAUAGGUCUCAGCAAGCUCUGGGUAUGAGUGGUACAUCACGUACAAAGAUGUACGAUGUACGUUUGAUGUCCAGUGUGAACAUCCUGAGCAACAGAGUCCUAGGAAGUGGACUUCUUCCAGAGUUUAUACCCCCAGGAAAACCUACCGGAGAGCGUAUUGCUGUGGAAUAUUUGCUGGCGCAGUCUAACGGGGGAGAUCUGCUGAGUGCACAGAAGGAAAUUGGUGCCAUUCCAAUGGAUGAUGCUGGAUGA